GAGAAAGGGCCCUCACUCCCAUGCCCGUGUCGUUCUCCCCUCCCCCUCUCUCUCUCUCUCUCUCCCUCGCGUCUUCCGACCUCUGCUCUGUUCUUCUCCCUUCCUUCAUCCUCCGCCUCGCUGAAAUCGUCGGCCAAUCAGAUCCAGUGGAAGCCGACGCUUGCUGAAGGGCCGACAGAGUGAUCGAUUGCGGCCACCUUUGCUUUGUCUCCUGAUCGCCCUGAUCUACUAACGGAAUAGGAGUAGGAGAGGGCGCGUUGUUGAUGGUCGUCCCGCAGGACGAGGUGGGGCGAGCAUAGCUCCCCGAUACAUGGGAGCUUACGAACGUCCUGCUGACCUGGAGGACAGAUUCACAGAACAAAGCAGGGCUAUAUUUUCAGGAGAUAUCAUGGUGGAAUCUGGGACAUGCAAUGUUUGCUCUGCUCCUUGCUCUUCUUGUAUGCAUCGGAUGGCUGUAUCAUUUGACCCAAAUGUUGACUGUGGAUCUUCUGAUAAUAAAUAUAUCAGGAAAGAAACAGAUAGUUGUUCUUUCAAUGAUAUCAAGCCAAGAUCGUGUGAUGAUUUACAGACUGCAGCUAGUGAAACAAGCAACUUAUUGAGUGGAAGUUCGAGCAAUGAUUCAUAUUCUGAAAAUGCAGAAAGUAAAACAACAUUAAGGAACCCUUCAGCAUAUGAGACUUCUGAAGAUGUUGACAUGCUCCCAGAGGUUUCAACUGUUGAAGAGGAUGACAAAUUUGUUACUAAAGAUGUUCCGGUUGAGGGUCAUGAAAUGCCAUGCAAGUAUAGUGGGGCUGCUAUGCUGCAUAGUGAAUUGGACGGAGAGUAUUGUAUGCCAAGAUGCCACAGAAAUAGUGAUUCAUGCAUGCCACGGACUAGAGAUGGCAACACAUUAGGUUUAGAUCAUAGUCUGAAACAGGCUAAGAAAGAUGCUCCUUGUAGCUCAUCAUCGACUUGUAAGUUUAAAACUGAGGAAACUAAAAUGGCAAUUCAAGGUGAAGACACUUAUGAAUCUCGUGGUUAUGGUAUGGAAGGAGACCAUGUUAGCUCAAGGAUGCUGAGCAUGCACCACAGAGAAUUUCUUCACAAGAAAAGGCCCAGUCCACUUAAUGUAGGCUUUUCUAUUAUGUCUGACCUCACAAAGAAGAAUAGUCCACAAAAAUUAAAUUCAAAUUCGCCUUGUCAAAGUAAUCAUACUUCUAGUCAUAGUGUUGAUGGUUGUAAUGCCACGGAAUCAAAUAAACCAUCUCAGUUUCAGGGAGCAUUUCAUGAGUGCUUAAUAGUUAAGGAUGGAUCACCGUGCCAUAGAUUGUUUUCUGUUGGUAGCAAUCACGAACAAAAUCUGAUCUCAUUUCCUGACAAUAGAGCUGGUAAAGAAACAGAUAUCGGGAGCAGUUCAUCUUUGGGAGAGUUCAAGAAUGAAGACCCAUGCUUGAAAUCUGUUACUGGCCUCGGUGGAUGCGAGUCCAGUCUGCAUCAAUCUGCAACGCAGCAUCAGUCUGUUCUUCCUGGUCAAGCCUCUGAAUCGGAUAACAUACUGUUUGAUGUAAAGGUAUGUGAUAUAUGUGGAGAUGCUGGCCGUGAGGAGCUUCUCGCUACAUGUAGUAGAUGCGUUGAUGGUGCAGAACAUACUUACUGCAUGCGAAUUAUGCUGACUAAAGUUCCUGAGGGAGAUUGGCUAUGUGAAGAGUGUCAGCUAAAGGAGGAAGUUGAAACAAAAGAUCUGAACAGAGUUGAGACAGUUUGUGGAACACCAAAUACACAAUCCUUGAACAAGAAAAUUCAAAAUCUUGGGAGCUAUGCAAAUGCCGAGAAUUCACAAAGGUUGUAUGCUAAGUCAACUGAUACUGAAACAUGCGAGUUUAAUAAAAGAGCAUGCAUACCCAUUAAGGAAACGCAGAGUCCAAUCCCAAGAAAGAGGCACAUGCACCAAAUGGAUGUGGCCCCACCAGCUAGAAAGAAGAUUGCUGGACAAAAGGAUGAAUAUUUAAAGCCGGUCAGUCCUAGGACAGGUGCAGUUUUCUCACGGGAAAAUUCAUUCAAAAACUUGAAUGUGGCAGAAGUAAAGCAGACUGGCGUGAUUUCCUCUCCUAGACACCAGUCUUUAAAUAAUUCCCAGAAUUUGUCUCGUUCACUUACAUUGGAUUCUCAUGAAAAUUCAUUUAAAGGCGUUCAUACUACUGAAUUAAAGGGAGCCAACCUAACUUUAUCUUCUAAAGGUUUGGCUACAAGCAAUUCUCCAACCCUUACUCGUUCACUUACAUUGGAUUCUAAAUCUGUCCAAAGAGAGCAUUAUUCUCCAAGGGGGACUCUUUCAAGGCAAGUUUCUUUUAAGAAAAAUGUUGAAGCCAAAGUAAAGAAAUUGCCUGAAGCUGUCUCCCAAAAACUAACUAGAGAGUCUACAUCAGGAAACAAAAAAACAAUGACACUAGUGAAAACAUUGAGCAAAUCUGCAUCAUUCAAGAGUGUGAGCUCAGACCAUCUUAAUGAUGAACCAACGAAAGCUCAGACACUUAAAUCACCUCAAGCUGAGAACCCCAAAAUCUUCAAACAAUUGAAAGAAAGAAAUGUUAUGGAGAGAGCGAGAUCCACCGUUGUGGAAAGAAAUGUUAUAGAGAGAACUAGUUCCACCAUUGUUGUUGAUGAUACAAUUGUUGGUCCACUGCCAAUCAAAAGAAAGCAUAUUCCAAAGAUGGAUUUGAAGAUUGCACCACUUGACAGAGAUUCAACUAAUAAGUUUGAGACAACAAGCCUUACCAGUAGCAAAGGAUCCAAUACAGAAAAUAAAUUAGGACUGAAGAAACCACUAUCAUUUAAAAGUAAAAGCGUUGUCAAUGUUGACACUGGAAAUAAAAAGGUUGUUGAAUCUCAGAGAAGUGAAGAUAUUCAUGGAUCUUCCAUAGCAGCUAGAUCUUCCAAGAAUGCGGAUGGAGUUGCAACAGGAAGGGAAUCACCUUCUGCAGGCUCCCACCAGGUUCCAACAGAUGACAAAACCAAAGAUAGAUCUUCCAAGAAUGCGGAUGGAGUUGCAACAGGAAGGGAAUCACCUUCUGCAGGCUCCCACCAGGUUCCAACAGAUGAGAAAACCAAAGAUAGUUUUGGCAAGUCAAGACUUGCCAUGUCAGGGGUGAUUCAUCAAUCAGAUCAUGCCAAAUUAAAUGAAGCAAACCAGGAUACUGACUCUUGCCAAAAUGCCAGACUUCCCAUGUCUUCAGUAAAGCCUUCUGUUGAUGUGAGUUCAGACAAUAGGACAAGCAAGAGGGAUAAGUGGAGAGAUGCACCCAAAGCUACAAUGUGUAGAACUGUCAAUAUCUCUGAGUCGAGAUUGUGUAGCACAACCCAUGCUACUGAGUCUAUCCAAGUUGCAUCUGAGAACCAUCCUGCCGAUGUGAGUUUGGAAGAUGGGGCAAGAAAGAGGAAUAAGUGGAGGGAUGCCCUCCAAACUGUAAUGCAUAGCACAAAGAAGAUUAGGCCUGUUGAUAUAUCUGACUCUAGAUUAUUGAGGAAGAGUGCAGUUUGUGAAGGAUCUUCCAGAAGUUCUUUGUCAAGUAUAUCUCAGAACAAUUUGCCUAUAAAAGAAGAACAUACAGGGAAAAGGAUAUUAGGUACCAAUGAUACUGACUAUAGCAGAAAAAAUAGUAUAGACGAUCAAGGCAAACACUUGGAGUCAUCAUUUGUUCGUCAAGUACAGGACCUAAAUGCCAACCCUACUGCUUUUUAUGAAGUGAAUGGGAGCAAUUUGACUCAAUUUUUACCUGAUCACUUGCCUUUACAGGCAACUACUGUUAGAUCACUUGCCAUGCCAGAGCAUGAUUUUAUAUGGCAGGGUGUUUUUGAGAUAUUAAGAAUUGGAAGAGUUCCUGAAAUUAUCGGUGGAAUUCAAGCUCAUUUGUCAAAUUUUGCAUCACCCAAGGUGCAUGAAAUAUCAUGCCAAUUUCCUUACAAAAUUCAGUUGGAGGAAGUUCCUCGGGUUAGUUUGUGGCCAUUGCAGUUUCAAGAGACUGGUCCUAAAGAAAAUAACAUUGCUCUAUAUUUCUUUGCUAAAGAUUCUGAGAGUUUUGAAAAAACUUACCAGAAGCUAUUGGAGACUGCAUUGAAAAAUGAUCUAGCCCUCAAAGGAAAUGUCAAUGAACUAGAGCUUCUUAUAUUUCCUUCAAGUAUUCUACCUGAGAGUUCUCAGCGUUGGAAUACAUUAUUUUUCCUUUGGGGUGUCUUCAGAGUAAGGAAAUUGGACUCUUCAAAUCCUCAUACUGCUUUGCAUGACAAUCCUUGUGAAUCAAAGAUACCCAGCAAACCCCUUCAAGAUAUAUCUUCUCAGGCAUAUGAAGUAUCUGCCUUGCUGAAAAAUGAUUGUCAUCAGAACCUACCGAAAGAACUUACUAGUAAUGAAUCCUGUGCUGAUAGAAGAGUAAAGUUUGAUUCUGUUGUGGACUUUCAUAGUACUUCAUCUACCAGCCUUGAUAAUGAUAAUCAUGACGUCAAAGAUUUUUGUGGCAUUAGAAAUUCAUUAUCCAAGGCAGCUGUUGAGACGGGGAGCAAUGAACUUCCAGAUCACUUCGCAUGCUACAGAACUGGACUGGGAAAGACUAAUAACGAGGUCGAUGUUGGAAAAAUUACUCACGUUGAUGCUGUUAGUGAACAGAAAAAACUUACCAGAUCAUUAUCUGGAUAUUCAGUCCCUUCUGGUUUCCCACAAGAUGAUGAUGAGAAUCAAGAGAUGAGGGAGAAGAAGAACCCGGUGAAAAUAGAACCUCUGCCAGAAGAAAAAAUAAAAGUUGAUUGUCUGAGCUGGGAUUCAAAGCCCAACAUGAAGCGUGCCCGCUCUUGGUCAGAAACACUAUAUGGUGAAAGAUCAGAGAGUAUCGAAGCUUAUGAAUGGCAAGAUGAAAAAGAUGUCCCUAUGGAAGAGGAACGAGAGCACAAACGGACAAAAUUUGAUGAGGAAGGCCCUAUUUCUGCCGGUUAUAGAGUAGAUACAAACAUGGGAUAUGGAUUGCCAUCUAAUCUGCAUCCAUCUCUAACUAGCUACCUUGAAGAAAAGCAAAAUGGCGGCGGUGUGAACUACAGCCAUGCGAUGACUGAGAGAUCACAAUGCACCGAAAGGUGUUUCUUUCCGGUGGACUCCUGCCCCAGUAGGAGCGAGUUGAUGGAGAGCUUCAGAUACUUCCUUCCCCCAGUUGAUGAAGAUACACCACAAUCAAAUGUUCCUGAUCUGGAAUUAGCUUUGGGUGGCAAGAAGCCUUCGUCCAAGAAGGAAACAUUUCAGUCCUUGUCGCCAUUGGCUUACGACCGAAAACUCGAAAAACUCUCAAGUUCUACUACGGCCGACCACGAUGAUGACGAUUUGUCAGAAUCCCUCUCGUUAUCUCUUGCCUUUGCAGGCACGGAGAGAAAGAGAACAGGGAAGUCUGUUAAGAGACAAGAUCCUCCGGGAGUCAACACUUCGCUGAUUCUCUUCGGUGGCUUCAGUGGUACUUAGACAAUCUACAACCAUGCAUGCCUUGUACACUAUAGCCUAAAAUGCUUGACAUCAGAGCUUAGGGUAGCAUCAUCCAAACUUCAGCAAUGUGUUCAUAACCACCCACAACAACUUAUCUCGACUUGUGAGCUUCUUUUCUUUUUUAGUUGUCGAUUUCAAGAGUGAAAAUGUCAACGGCUCUUUGUAUAUAUAAGAGAUAGAAGGCAGCAAAUUUAGUGAUGCACUAGUACUUUUGUCUA